AUGUCCAACACGACGAUCACUCUGAAUUCUUCGGCCUUUCCCCAGUCGGUUUACGGUAAUCAGAGUUACGCGGAGUAUCAUCCCGCUUGGGAUUCGUGGCCGAUUCUCGUGGCACUCAUCCCGCUCAUCUACAUGAUUCCGACCGCAUUUGUGAUCGGACGAAUCAUUCAUGUCUACUGUCAGUCUUUGAUUUCCACCAAGAACGUUCCGAUCAAUCAACACGUCUUCUUGGUGCUCUCGUUGGCGCAAGUUUUGGUGGGCAUUCGAGGGAUAAACAUAAAGCACGAUAUCCAUAAAUCCUUUCUGCUGGACAUACUUCGUAGGGCACUGAACUUUUUGAUGACACGAUAGUUAGUUUUGGUAUGGAGCAUUUGGCCGUUACAGUUCAAAAACUAACGCUUCUGAUAUGUAUAUAUCUCCAGAAGAAAAGAUUUCGCCGGCAAACAGAAUUCCGAAUCUCCUCUAGCCGUUUUUUUUCUGUGAAGUUGCAAAAUCAGAGUGACAAUCUUUUUCAUAGAUUUAAUAUGCAAACCCAAAAAUAUUUUCCGUUCUUGUCCCAAUCAUCACAUUAUGAUUUCUCAUUUUUUGUUUUCCUCUGCUUCGGAAAUCGUGGCCGUGGAACUCUUGAUAUCAGACAAGUGUUCCCCAGAACUCGUUAGCACUAGUCUGUCCAUCGCAACAAAAGAACACUACUUUCCAGAGUUUUGUGUACUUCGUGGCCGACUACAUGAUGCUGCGCCUGCCGGCGACCGGCUUCUUCACAUCGCUGUGCGCCACCACUCUGCCCAAUCACUACCUCAAACUCAUCUUCUUUUUCACCUUCUACUUCAACUACUCCGCCAUGAUUUUUCCGUUCCUUCUCAGCCUCCUCCGACUGAUUCUCAUGAUGUUCCCGAAUACGCACACAAAGGUAGACUCGGCUAAUACUUUGGUCGCGGUGCUCUUGCCGUAACGUGAUUAGAUUUUGUGCGGCGCUGUUUAUUUAUUCAAUGGAAACACGAUUUUGCGCAUUUAAUUCCGCAAUUGGCUAGAGUGAGCUCAAAAGAUCCGGACUAAAUGGAAACAAUUUCAGAUCAACGGACCGAUCCUUGCAUUUACCGUACCUCUCGCGCUGAUCUAUCCUAUGUGCUUCACAUUUUUCCUCAUCCCGGCCGUGGGUUACUGUAGACAACUGGGCGGUCCGUACCCGUUCGGCUCCGUCUCCAUCUACUACUCGGGCGGUGCUUUCGGCGUGAGUUUCGGACUUUGCUCUUUGCUGAUUCAAUCGUUCAAGCUUGAUUGAUCGCGUGUCAAAACGAAUUGCUCAGAAAAACAAACGGGGUUUGUUUUCAGAUGCGUAACUCGGUGUUCCACCUGAUUAACACCGUGUUCUGGAUGGCCGCCUGUCUGCUUGUCAACGUCGUUCUCUUCAUUCAACUGAGGACGGCCAUCUCGAUGGCAUUUCAAGGACAGCAGGGUCAGACGAAGAGCUCGAGGAGUCGGAAGGCCGAGAUCUCUUUGACGGCCACCACUGUUUCCAUGAUUAUGCCCUACUUGACUUAUUGCAUUUUCACGGUGAGUCGCGCGACAGUUAAUUUCGAAACGGUUGCGAAACGUCCAGUUGAUGAAGACGUGAGACUUUAAAUAAAGUUUUCGUUUUGAGAUUAUGUACCUGCAAAUUCCCGCCUACACCUACUACAUGAUGAUAAUCCGUCCGUUCGGAAACGACUGCGAGACGGUCAUCGUGCCGUGGAUCUUCUAUUUGACGCAUCCAGUGUUCAAGAAUCGCGACGGUUCCGUCAUCAACAUCACCGUCAUUCACUCAUCGCAACAACGAAAAACUUCCGAGCGAGGCAGUGUGCUCCCAGUGAGCAAAGUGAACGUGUAA